GUAGUCUUUUUGUUCCGCUGGUUUCGUCAAUCUGAACUACAGUUUGCGGCUUUCCUCUGCUCUUUCAAGCGCAUUAUGGUGAAUGUUUAGGGAUGUUUUCGAUACAGUAAAAUACACGACAGCCUACGAAACAAUGUAAAAUAGAAAAUGGCGGUACUGUUCAUAGUUAACCAACUUGUCAGUUUCUGUCAGGAAAUGUGUGACUUUUCGUUCGUAUGAUCCCCACAUAGUCGCCUUAUUGAGGUAUAUUAGCAUAUAGAUCCGAACUAAUACGAAUUAAAUAUUUGUUCACUGUUGUUACAAAAAGAACGGCCACAUUCAUUCGUCCUGGAAAAAGCAGUAAGACAGUUGGCUGUCUUCAGCAAAACAUCUUGUCUGGGACAUCAAGUGUGAAGACAACGUCCAUUUUAGUUGAAAAUGCGGCUGUGAUAAGUGAGGACACUCGGUGCUUAUUGCUCAUUGCUACUAAGCGGCGGAAUUCUGUGUAUUCAGGGUUCUGCCGUAGUUGGGUUUGGUUGGUCUAGUUUAUUACAGCGUAGGCCUAUCUGUAGACAUCUUAUAACUUUCCUCACCCGUCCUCAUUGACGCUCCAGGAACAACUGGCCUGGUGUUUGUCACCCCUAAUGUAAAUUUGUUUAUUUCUCCACCAAUCAUUACAGGUACACAGGGCACAUUAGAUAUACCAGAGACGGUUUUAGCAGUCUUCGUUUUAUUGUAAUGCUAAUACAAUUGAGGACAGUAGGCAAUGCAAGGUAUAUCACAGCUCUGCUGCUUCUUGAUUAAGAUAGUGUAUGCUAAUAAAAUUAAGAAAAAAAUCUUUUAGAAGUUCGCUCUUAAACCCACACUUCAACAGUAUUCCGACUUGGGAGCCUGUUUUCCUCCUUUCCACAAAUACUCAACUUCCCACAAGCUGGUUUCUUCCAUUUUAGAGAGCACUUAAGAUGGCUGUCCAGCUGCAGAGGAUGAUUGCAGACAAGAAGGACGUGGUGGAGACUGUGAUGGAGGUGUUUGAGAAAGGAGCAGAGGUGUUGGCCAGCAUUGCUGGGGACCUCUUCCCAAUCUUCUCCAUUGUGGCCCCUGUGGUGCAGCUGGCCCUGGACAACGUGGAGAGCAAGGAGGCGGAGUUCAUGAAGGCGCAGUUCCAGAAGGUGCGAGAGCGGCUGGAGGUCGUCUCCGAGGAGAUCCGCCGCGUCGACCAGGAGAUCAGGAAGAGCGGGGCGGACGCCGCCUACUUCUCGGUGGAGGAGAACCUGAGCAAUCAGUUCCGCAAGUUCAUGGACGUCCUAAACGCCAAGCCCAAGUUCCGGGAGGUCAAGAAGAAGAUCUUUCUGGAGCACUUUGCAAAGACCGGGGGCGACAAGAACCUGCACACCCUGUAUGGCGCUGUGACAGGGGACAACUUCUCUGGGGAGUCGGUGCUGGAGAUCACCCUCAACUACCACGAAAAGAGUCGCCGGGCCGUGGAGGAAUUCUGCGCCCGUCUGAAGAACCUCUUCUGCCUGGGGCUCAUCGCCCUGGUGGGCCAGGCGGCUCUGAAGGGGACCGGUGAGGAAGAGGACGUCCUGAAGGACUGGGGGGAGAGGAUGAACGUGAUCCAGACGAAGAUGGACGUCGUCAUCCAGGACUGCAUCACCAGUUUCCCGGAGCAGGCCCAGAUAGACACCCGGCGCCUGGUGAGGGAUCAAGGGGAGCAGACCAACCAAGAGCUGGCCGACUCGGUCUUGGAGGCCUUGGGGCGCAAGUACGACUGGGUGCGCUGGUCCGUGCGGGUGUACAGGCCCCCCUCAAGCCUGCUAGGCAGCAAGAAGGACUUCCAGUGCCCGGUGGGGAAGAGCCGCUUCCAGGAGACGGAGCCAGAGGGGAAGCUGACCGUGGCGGUGUCCUACAGCGCCUCCCCCGAGCCCCUGGACAAGCCCCUGAUCCGCCGGCUGCUGGUGGAGCAGAAGAAGCAGACGCCGUCGCCGCCGGCGGUGGCAGAGAUGCUGUUCGAGCAGGUGCCCGUCGCUUCCAUCCACGUGAUCUCCACGGCCGCCAAGGACCUGGCCUUCUCCUGGAACUUCGCCGAUGAGCUCCUCUUUUGGGAGGAGCACAAGAAGCUCUAUGUUUGUGUGCAUUCUGCCUAAAGGAACAGGGGGCAGGGCAGGGUGAGGGGUCCAGGGGGAGGGUAUGUCCUCUUUUGAUGGCCAGUUGUAAGAUCUUCAAAUACUCCAAAAAUAAAUAAUAGGCUAUUGCUCAAAUGGACAUAGCUAGAUGUGGAAGUAGUGCCAAAAGAUAGAUCACUAUCUUUUUUGUUAUUAAUACUACAAGGCUAGUGUGGCAUGUCAAAAAUGUUAUCCUUAGCUGUUUCAUAAAUCUCUGACUGUGUGUGUGUGUGUGUGUGUGUUCCAAAGGGCUUGAUUGCAUAUGAAUCCAUUGCUAUGCUUUUUGAAAAGAACAAUAUUUCAUUUCAAAUUGAGAGGUGAUACCAACAUGGAGCUGCAUGUACUGUACUUCACUGCACUCUCAUAGAACCACCUUCCUUAAGCAGUUGUUGUUAUACAUUUAUAAGACAUUAAAUUGCAGACCAAUAUAAUA